AUGGCCACAACGCAGCCGUCAUCCAUAUUUAAUCCCUCGGAUGCGAAUAAGCCCGACUUUUUGAGCCAAAGGCCUGACUCGAAUACCCAAAUGUCUUCGGCGAAAUCGCGUCCGGAGCCACCAAACUUACGAGAGAUGGGCGAUGCCGGCUUCUCCCUCGCUACAAACUCGGAGACUGUCAACUUGGCGAGCCUCAACGACCAUUUCGUGGAAGACAUCAUCGAUUCUUCUUCAUUGACCCGUACCUCAUCUGUGUCACAGCUCUCGGCCGUGCCAUCUUUCGAUAACAACCCAUAUAAUUGCCAACCAAACGCUUCGGAAACCAACGACUUGAUCCUGCAACAAGCUACGGCGGAUACCGCGACUACAGGCACAAUACCAUUUUCUCAACUCUCUACCGAGCUAACGAGAUGGCCAGCAGUGGAAAAAGGGUAUAGUGCGGAUUCGAAUACAAAAUCUACGUCAAAUACUACUCCAUCCUUUCCCAACGUCCUGUGCAGAGACCCCAAACCAACUUCUACAAUACCUCCACAACCAGAGAAUGCCCCAGUUCUUCCAGGUGAAGCGCGCAUUAACGGAGAGAUCAGACAGUCUUCUCAGGAUCCCAGUCAAACAACCAACAGUAGUGGAGGCUGCCAAGCGCAGUGUCACAUAGCCAUUCUCCAUCGUCUCGCCUCGAUGGAGCACUCUAUUGCUAUCGAGGCGGGACCGACGACAAUUGACUUUAUUCUUAUCGCUCAACAAGAUCUGUGCCUCCUAAGCGGCCGACUGUUUAACUGCCGGUACGAAGAAAGAGAUGGGUGUCUUCACUCGCGUCCGUCAAGCAUUAUAUCCCUAGGACUUCUCGCCGAGCAGGUGGUCUUAUUGCUAGAAGACCUUUUUCGCCGGGCCGCAAGAGCUGCCCAUGAUCGUGAUCACGUUUUCCGGACCACAUGGUUGGUGACGCCUGACACACUGUCCGAGCAAUCUGCGGUCCGCUUUGAGCGGUCUACUCGUGGUAUAUUUGAUCAGAGAGUCACUUGCCCUAUACCUGAGGCUAACUCCGAAUUAAGUCUGGGGAGGUACAAGGUACCUGCUACCGCUAAAGCCCGUGCCAUGAAGCAGAUUUUACGGCGGCGCAUUCGGCAGCUAUUAGGCGUGCUAGCUGAUGUGGCAGCCUACUGUGCAAAUCGGGAUACCCUGGACAACAGUGCGAUUCUGGAAGCGGCAAGACGACUGGCAGAAGAACUCCAUGGCCGAGUAGGGUCACUUCAGGGACGAGUGGAACUGGCGGGCUAG